AUGUGGCGGCAUCGCAGACAGGUAAAUCUCGAGGCAGGCUCCACCACAACAGGAUGGUUUUCAAAGUACCCCAACACCUCGUUGGGCUUGCCCUCGCCAGAAGGCUCCAGCCGUAGCACGCCGUACGCCUGGCCACAGUCACAGCAGUACCACUGGCAUAUUCUUGUGUCGGACUGCGACGAGAAAGGCAAAUGUGAGUGCGUUCGAAGCUUCACGUUGUUCAUUGUGAAAUGGUUGAAGCUUUCGGAAAGUGGCGAGGUAAUUGUGGAAAUUGUGGAUAUUAAGGUGGAGGGAAGAAGGGGGGAAACGCUAAGGGUAUCUGCCUCCGAUGUGAUUAUGGUGUAG